UUAUGAACCCUCAACCCCUUAGAGUAAUCCAAGUACGCGCCUAGGCUUGCAUGCCUUGCACUUUCCAGGUGGUCUGUUAGCAGUAAGUUAGAGUAAGCAAAUUGUUAUCUUGUUUAGCUCGUAAGUCAUUUUGGUCGUUGAAUAUAUCAGAUCGAUUUAGCAUGCGCUUCUGCUAAGACGUGUCUCGUUUUAAUUAAAUAAUUAGUUUUUAAAAACCUUCCGAUCGCUCCCGCAAUCUUGACUGGCGCAGCCGAUUCGGUAGGAUAACUGAAUUAUCCCGUGAAAAUUCGGUUAUAGAACUCUUACCGGUUUUCCGCGCGUUCCGGGAAACGCGCCGCGGAUAGUGUUAACAGUGUCCUACUGCGAACCAAACAAAUGUGUCAAGGCGGAAGGAUUAUACCGACCGGCUGGUGAGUACAACUUUUCACCUCCUGUCCAAAUUCCCUCUACAAGUAAAAUUUCUUGGGUUAUCUUGAGAUAAGAACUCUCUCAUUAUAACGUUAUCUAUGUAUAGUUAGAAAUAUUAGUACUUACUAAAAUUUGUAAUAUAUAUAUACCUAUAAAUACUUGUGUUAUAAAUAAGAUUAAAAUUUAAACUUAGACUAAGUGAAUUGUGUAAUAAAAUAUUCAAAAUGCCUGAUCAGGUAGGCAUGGAGAGUAUAACGCUCAUUCCGGGCGAAGUACUAAAGAUCAUACCCAUCUUUAAUGGGGAUAAACGCAUAUUAAAUUUGUUUUUGGCUAAAAGCGAAUAUAUUAUAGAAAGAUUUAGAGGUAAUGAGGCCCAAGACACAUAUAUCAUGCAUGCUAUAACCAGUAGACUAGCAGGUGAUGCUGCUGCCCUUGUAAGUGAGAGGCAGGAUAUUAUGCACUGGGAUAAUUUUAAGGAAUUACUCGUGCAACAUUUUGGAGACCCGCGAAACGAAGAGUGUAUUGCCAUAGAAUUAGAAACUCUCAAAAUUAAUCCUAACGAAAGCUAUCUUGAUUUUUGCAACAGGAUCCAGUCAGUGCGUUCUAUUUUAAUUUCAAAGGUAAAUAGAAUCGAAGACGCGAACAUAAAAAAUAGUAAAAUUGCUAUUUACACCAAUACGUCACUCAACGUAUUUUUGUAUAAUCUCCCCGAAAAUAUGGUGCGCAUUGUUCGCCUUAAAGCCCCCGCUACUUUGGAAAAAGCAUUGGAAAUUGUAUUGGAGGAGGUCAAUUUCCACGAUCAGUAUGUUAUGCGUAAUAAAAUGACUCUUCCUAGCUCUAUGGUAAAGUCUCAGAACACACUAGUAACAACGCCCACACAAAAACUCGACGCAAAGCUUAUCAGUUAUGGCCAACUCCAGCCAACCGGCCUUAGACCGAUAUUACCCACCGGUUACACCCCUCGAUUUAAUAAUAGUAUGGCAGUCCAAUCAUUUAAUAAUCAACCCUAUGGCUACAGGCCGCAGUUAGGGAACAGCAAUCCACAAAUUGGGUAUAGGCCACCACAGCCACAAUUUGGCUACAAGCCUCCGCAAUUCGGAUACAAACCCCCGCAGUUCGGAUACAAACCCCCGCAGUUCGGCUAUAGACCACAGUUUGGUAUGACAACUGCACAAAAAUUCGGAAAUAAUAAUCCUCAACAAAUUGGGUACAAACCCACAGUCCCUAUUUGGAACAAGCCCGCGGCCGCACCACAGCAUGUUUAUUCAAACGAUGUGUCGAUGAGAACCGCACCUCAGAGACCUAACCAGGGUUUUAAAUUAAAUGAACUGUGCCUCUACGAAGAGGACCAAUACCAACCAAAUUAUUACAACCCGGAGCAGUACGUCUACCUAGACGAUGUACCUGCAGAACAAGUACAUCAUCCAGAUAUCGAAGGUGGUGUCUGGUCACCCUGACCCUGAUCACGUUGAGCCAGGCCCAUCAUCUGCUCAAAAUUGAGAAAAACCCAGGCGUACUACCCGUUAAACGAGGCCAUGCUUAUAAGCAGGAAGAUAAGUGGAUUAUUAUUAAAGUGUUAGAUUUAAGCGACUUAUACAAAGAUUUAGUUUUUAACAUAGAUAAGUAUAAUGAGUUUUCUAAAUUAGUAGAUAUAAACAAACCAAAUGCAUAUGA